GCCUGCGGUGUAGCGCUCUUACUCAGAAGGACACACUCCAGAGGGCAGUCAAUAUGCCUCAAACUACUGAAGUGGUGUGAAAGUGUAUAUUGCCUGGGAUUUCUACACGUUCACAUUGUUGAACAGAUCCAAAACCGUCUGUGUGUCAUUCACUCGUAAUGGAUGACUUUGAAUACAGCGUGCAAAUCUCAGACCAAGACUGGGACUGUUUUUUCCAGGAGUGUGAGGGCUGUGACCUGCUCUCACCGGUACUUGCCAGCCGAGAGGAUUCUGGUAUGAGUGACAUUGAUGAGAUGAGUUGCCGCUUUUUAGGCAGGACCCCGGCCAUGGACACAGCAUCCGUAAAGCCUGAGCCAAACCAUCAGAUUGAUGGCCCGUCAGACUCUGAGGGCUCACCUGUGUGUAAUUACCUCAGCAAGUAUGGGAUACGUAGUCCAGAGCAGGUUCUCUCUGGCAGUGAGGAAGACUUGCACCUUCAGACUGUCAAUCUGUUCUUUGAGCAGUUAAAAAGUGUCACAGAAAACGAACAGCCUGUGAAACAUAGCCGUGUUGACAAUUGGGGAAGUGAAACGACAGGCCAUCUGGAGGGUUUGAUUGAUAAGCAGGAUAUUCAAACUGUAGAUACAGGUCCAUCUGGUCCGAAUAGAACCAGACAUACAGGGGAAACUGCUAAGCAGGGUGUGGCAAAUACCUGGGGCAGUAUAGCCUUCAAAAAGCCUGCAUACGCUAAUGCACAAGAAGAUGCAUCAAAGUCUGACUCAGAGCUAGUGAUUGCAAGGAAAACAUUGUCAACUCCCCUAAUUACAGUAAGAAUGAAACAGGAGCAUCAGAGAAGAGUUUGUGAUCCCUGCAAAGACCUAGAGCUGAAACCUGAAUUAAAAUAUUCAGACAAAGAGAAAAUGACACUGCUUAAUAAGAAAGUUAUAGCUAGCCCAAAUCCAACAAGACUUACUUAUUUGGAUGCAAUAAGCAGUUCUGACUCCAAAGAUUCACCAAUCAGUCAGAUCCAAUUGUCACCUUCCAAUCUCAGGAGAAAAAGACGGAAGAAGAAGAGAAUGAGUGUUGAGCCAGCAGAGCCAGGAUAUGAAUCUCAGAUCCACAUUCGUGCCAAUGAAUCAGAGGAUGAGAGAUUUGUUCAGCGGGAAGAGAUGAAUAGCCUUCCUGCAAAUGUGUGGAAGACAAAUCAUUUGUCACUUCAGGGAAUUAAAAUGCCUUCAACUGCACAAAAUACAGAUCCUUUGCCGUUUAGAAACUUGUUCGACUUGGAGGCUUCAGCUGAUUUUAAGUUUUCAAAGAGCUUGCCAGUAUCCUUUACCAGUGAUUUGGGCAUCUCACCUCCAAAGCCUGAAGCUGGACAUGCAUGCUUUAAUACCAUCUCCAAAAACAUGCGUGAUACAUCCCUUGUAAACAAUGAACAACUGAAAGCAGAGAUUUGUGAGUUGUCAUUAUUACCUAAGAUAGAUAAAGUUCUCAAUUUACAGGAAAAUGGAUUAAAUGUAACCAAAUUACUUCAGUUGGAUCCUGCCGUACACUUAACCGAGGACAGCACCGGUGUUAAAGAGGCCAUAUUGGCACCUCAAUGUGAUAAUUCUGAUGCAGGAUGUCAGAGGAAAUCCUUUUUAUCUCCUAACAUUUCCAGUGCAGUUGAUUCAACAGAGGCUCCUCCAUCUGUUGUCUCUUUUAAACUCACUGAAGACAAAGAUUUGCCCUGUUUAAGAAAUGAGACUGACUGUUCUGCAGUUAAAGAUGAACAUACCAUCCCCAGCGAAAGGAAUACAGUAGAAAUAUCAGGCACCAAAGAAAGCAUUGUACCUUUAUCUGACAACAAGAAUGGAGUAGAAUCUUGUUCGAAUGGAAAUGAUCCAGAAACCUUUACUUGUUUGCAAAAUGCUCCUCAGAAAGUGGAAGCAGGUAUUCGAGUGAACAUUUCAGAAUCCCAAAGCCACGUGGCCUCUCAAACCAUUAAAAUAAACACUAACACACCUGUAAGUGAGGCAUACGCAAAAGCUGAAAGUCAUGUGCCUGAAAAGAUGGAUCAUGGGACAGAUGAUGAUCAUAUCCAAAAUAAGAUUAGUGAAGUGACUGUGAAUGCCUCGCCCAUUAAGCCUGGGAAUUUGGAUGAAUCAGACAAUAAAAGUGCUAAUAUAGUUGCUGUUUCAGCUGAAGGUGAACAACUAUUGUGUGGCAGCUCCAUCGAUUUCAGUGAACACAUAAGUCAUCCUACAGAAGAAAUACAGAGUGCAGAGAAGCUUCAGGAUACACUUGCUGAAAUUAAAUCCACUUCAUCAACUGAGCUGAAAAGUGGAGACAAUGAUACAGAGAGUGUUAUUCUCGAUCCUCCAAGCCCUGUAUUUGCGAUCUCAUCAUUCUGGAAUGAAAUGGAAAAGCUGACUAUCAAUGACAUUUUGAAGUUACGGCUGGUUGGCAACUCCCAGCACACCAGCAUUUUGACCCAACCAGAGGAUAGUAGCAUUGUGGACACAGCAGAUGCUGCAGACUCAGGUUACUUUACUCAACUGGACGACUCAAAGCAGGACCGCUUAAGUGGAGACAUGUCUUACAUAUCAGAUCUGGACGAAGAGCUUGGACAGCUUCAAACUCCGUUUUCCUCAAAGCAAGAGGACGAGUUGUGUGAGUCCCCUUCCUCUUCUGGUGUGAUGUGGGAGAAUGAUCCUGAUUCAGUGGUCGUGGGUGAGAAAAUUGUGCAUGUAAGUUCAGAAACCACUCUUCCUGAACAUCUCUACACAGCUAAUGCUCAGCAGUGCUUCAGAAGAAUGUGUAAGAACCUGAGUGUGCAGAACCUGCAAGCUCUAGACUCUCCACCAAUCAGCCAAAUCUUAAGAAAUGCCUCAAUGCACUCAAUCCGUUCAGAGGUAGAAGAUGACUUCAUAGAUCCAUUUUACCACGUAAACACUUCAAGCUCAAAGGUUUUGUCUGAUGAUGAGGAGGAGGUACAAAACAGUGGUAUCACGUUUUCGGAAGUAAUCCAGUUUUUCUUUGGUGAGGAUGAACCUGAGAGUUGUGCAUCUCAUGCAGAUAAUGUUGCUGCCUCAUAUCUUGAUGGAACAGGCACUUCUUUACCUGAGACCUAUGACUAUUUCUUCUCUGAGUUUGAUAGUGGAACUUUUGUUUGUCCAAUUGUGGAAGAGUCGGGCUCUGAUCAAAUGGUUCCCAUAUUCUCCUGCUCCCGCUUGGCUAACAAAAAUAUUCAGUUCCCAGAAGCAUAUGACUAUUUUUUCCCUGAUUCUCCUGGUAACUCAGAUGAUGAAAAUGAGAACGCAGUGAUCAAGGUGGUGACACGCUAUGACCAUAAGCCUCCCAGUCAUGAUCAUGUUGACAUGUACGAGCACUUUUAUUCUGAAGAUGAAAGUGACUUCCUCAGGACGAACCCUCUAUCUUUUAGAAAAGUUCGACGCACAGGUUUUACUGACCCUGAAGAAAAGACACGUUCUGGGGAACUUGUCCCAGUCAAGAGAUUUCCUAGAGGAAUCAUUCAACCUCUUAAUGCUUUAGGCCCUGAUGGGAGCCCGUUCCCAGAUUCACUGCUUCUAAACCUGGAGAAUCGCAUCUUCCAGCAGCUGAACGAGCAACAGAAGAAGUGCAUGGAGAUGCAGACAGUUGUUGCUGAUCCAAGGUUGGAUGCCCCAUUCUUGCCUCUUAAACAGGCAGACAUGUGCUUGGUUUGUAUUGCAUUUGCUUCGUGGGUGCUGAAAUCAACCGGUUCAGGAGGAGAUACUUGGAAAGCUGCUCUUCUGGCGAACGUCAGUGCGCUCUCAGCCAUACGAUACCUGCGCAGACACAAGAGGGAGGAGGUCUCUGGAAAAACUCCUCUGCGUCAGAUAGAGCCAGCAUAACUCCACAGCUCAGAUCUGAUUUCAGUCACAUCACCCCUUUUUCCAUGUAAUCCAAAAGGGCAAUAGUGAAUAUCAAAUGUGUGCAUGUAGUACAUCUACCAUCAACAUCGGUACAUAGUAUUA